UUAAAAAGGAUUAAAAGUGGAACUAAAAAGAACCACCAAGAUUUAUGAUCCAGGAAUAACAACAAAACACUGAUUUACGCACACGACGUAACGGACCAGCAAACGGGAUGUCUUCGGGGGAGCAGGAGGUGCUGGUGUGGAGCGUGCAGGAGCUGCGUGCACUGAGAGAGUCUGGCCUCAUGGGGGCGUUAGUGGGUUGCCUCCCCCGAGCCCCUCGACAGAACACACGCCUGGGGCGCCCCCUACUGUUACUGAGAGAGGAGAGGGAGGAGGAGGAGGAGCAGAGAGAAAAGGAGCAGAGAGAGAAGGAGGAGCCAAGAGAGACACAGGUGCAGCAGUGGGAGGAGUUUCUGGAGCGGAGUCUGGAGGAGCAGAGACGAUUGGCUGUGAAGGACAGGAAGUGUGCGCUGAUGUCAUCAUUGUCAGGGGCACCCCUGACCUCUGCUCUGGCGGCGCUCGACAGCUUUGUGUUCCCGCGCUCGGCGCUCGCCGUCCAGAUCAGCACCUGCAGAGAGGGCCUGCCCCUCCCACCAAUCAGGAGCCAGCACAGGGGCUCUGAGCCAAUAGGAGAGCAGCUCCACGGCGAGGGGCGGGUCCAAGUGUUCAGAGACCUGAGGAGGCGGGGUUUCUGCCUUACGUCGGGAGGAAAGUUUGGAGCCGACUUCCUGGUUUACCCAGGGGACACUCUCCGGUUCCACGCUCACUUCAUGGCUCUGUGUGUGUGUGAGGAGGAGCCUCUCGCUGUGAGGGACCUUCUGUCCUGGGUCAGACUCUCGUCCAACGUCAAGAAGACUCUGCUGCUGUGCUCCGCCUCGCCCUCAGGGGGCGUGCUCUACAGCUCGCUGCAGUGGAGCAGCAUGAGCUGAAGGGGGCGCU